AUGACAAAUAACAAGAAUCAAGAGGCAGCGAUAAAAAGUUUGGAAACUCAAGUGGGUCAACUGGCUAAACAACUUGCAGCUAAUCAGUCAAAUGCAACAUUCUCAGCCAACACUCAAGAGAAUCCAAAAGAGCACUGCAAAGCGGUAGUGACAAGGACUAGGCAAAAAGGAAGUAAUAAUGAAACUGAAAGGAAUGUGGUUGAAGAUAAUACGGAAGAGGAAGCUGAAAAACAUGACGGAGAAGAUGAAGAAUAUGAAAUUAUCAAUACUAAUGCUGAAGAAGAGAAUGUGAAUAAAGAAGUCAAAAAGAAAGAAAAGCUGAAAAGAAAAAGCAGUAGAGAAAAUUUGGCAAGAGACCCCGGAAGAGUCACAUUGCCAGUUACAAUUAGUAAUCAAAAUAUCGGGAAUGGACUGAUUAAUUUAGGAUCAAGUAUCAAUCUAGUUCCUCUAUCAAUAGUGAAGCGGUUGGGAAAUAUUGAGAUGAAGUCAACAAGAAUGACUUUACAGUUAGCAGAUAAAUCAACCACUCUACCUUACGGUGUUGCACAAGACAUGUUAGUGAAAGUUGACAAAUUCUUGUUUCCGUUAAGAGUUCAAGAUGAAGAGGUAUGCUUUAAUCUCUUCGAUGCCAUGAAGCAACCAAAAGACAAGAAUGACUGUUUUCGCAUGGAUGUUACUGAAGAGAGUGUAGUGGAAGUGGCGAACCAAAUUCAUCUAUCUAGCCCUUUAGAGAGAUCUCUUGUUGAAUCUUUCAAUAUUGUGGUGAACCCAGAAGAUCAUGAGAAGACAGCUUUUACAUCUCCAUUUGGAAUUUUCGCAUAUAGACGGAUCCCAUUUGGAUUAUGUAAUGCUCCAGCUACUUUCCAACGGUGUAUGCAAUCCAUAUUCUCCGACCUCAUUGAAAAAAGUAUUGAAGUAUUCAUGGAUGACUUCUCCGUAUUUGGAAAAAAUUUUGAUAUGUGCUUGAAUAAUUUGGAUGUGGCACUUGGAAGAUGUAUUGAAACCAAUUUGAUAUUAAAUUGGGAGAAAUGCCAUUUCAUGGUGACUGAAGGGAUUGUACUCGGACACAAAGUAUCUUCCAGAGGACUUGAAGUGGACCCGGCCAAGGUGGAGGUAAUCUCAAAACUCCCACCUCCAAUAAAUGUCAAAGGAGUAAGAAGUUUUUUAGGUCACGCUGGAUUCUAUAGAAGAUUUGUGAAAGAUUUUUCAAAGAUUGCCAAACCUUUGACCUUCAAUGACCUAAAAGACCGGCUGGCCACCGCACCUGUGAUCGUAGCACCCGAUUGGACAAACCCCUUUGAACUAAUGUGUGAUGCUAGUGAUUAUGCUAUUGGUGCAGUAUUAGGCCAACGAAAAGGAAAGAUAUUUCAUGUCAUACACUAUGCAAGUAAGGUGUUAAAUGAUGCUCAAGUCAACUAUGCCACCACAGAAAAAGAAUUGUUAGCCAUAGUGUAUGCCCUUGAAAAGUUUAGAUCCUAUCUCAUUGGGUCAAAAGUGGUAAUCCACACAGACCAUGCGGCCAUUAAAUAUCUGCUUACUAAACCGGAUUCGAAGCAAAGGCUCAUUCGUUGGGUUCUCCUUUUGCAAGAAUUUGACAUAGAAAUACGGGAUAAAAAAGCUGAAAUAAAUGAUGAAUUCCCGGAUGAGCAACUUUUUCAACUCCAAAUAAGACCUUGGCUCGCCGAUCUUGCUAAUUAUAAAGCAACCGGUAUCAUACCAGAAAACUUUGAUUGGAAUAAGAAGAAAAAGUUGGUAGCCGAUGCAAAAUAUUAUGUAUGGGAUGACCCAUAUUUGUUUAAGAUAGGUAAGGAUGGCAUUUUAAGAAGAUGUGUUACUGAAGAAGAAGCACAACAAAUUUUGUGGCACUGUCAUAAUGCGCCUAGUGGUGGGCAUUUCAACGGAUGGAGGACGGCAACAAAAGUUCUCCAAUCCGGAUUUUUCUGGCCUACUAUUUUCAAAGACGCCCACCAUCAUGCAAAGAAUUGUGACAAAUGUCAAAGAGUUGGAGGGAUAAGUAAACGUGAUGAGAUGCCGCUUCAAACCAUUAUUGAAGUAGAAGUUUUUGAUUGUUGGGGCAUAGAUUUCAUGGGGCCUUUUCUUCCAUCUUUUGCUAAUGAAUAUAUUCUAGUUGCAGUGGAUUAUGUCUCCAAAGUGAUUAUAAGCGAUGGUGGAUCUCACUUUGUUAAUGAGCAGGUAGCUAAAGUGCUGGAUAAGUAUCAUAUCAACCAUAAGAUAGCAUCACCAUAUCACCCCCAAACCAACGGGCAAGCAGAGAUCUCAAACAGAGCAAUCAAGAAUAUUUUGGAGAAGACUGUAUCAGAAUCCCGAAAAGACUGGUCGGUAAGAAUUGAUGAUGCCUUGUGGGCCUAUAGGACAGCAUACAAAGCACCAACUGGUGCAUCUCCAUUUCAAAUGGUUUACGGUAAAGCAUGCCACCUCCCGGUUGAGGUGGAACAUAAGGCAUUAUGGGCCUUACGAUUCUUCAAUAGAGAUGAUAGCUUGGCUUAUAAGAAAAGGAAGAAUCAAAUCCAUGAGCUUGAAGAAUUCAGGUACCUAGCAUAUGAAUCCAAUAAGAUGUACAAAGAAAAUAUGAAGCGGUAUCACGACAAGAGAAUCAAGAAGAAAGAGUUCAAAGUGGGAGACCUUGUUCUACUAUUCAACUCGAGACUCAAGCUUUUCCCAGGGAAACUAAAGUCUAAAUGGUCAGGACCGUUCUUAAUCAAGGAAGUUAAAUCAUAUGGCGCUAUUACUAUUGAGGAUAGUAAGACUAAAGAAAGCUGGACCGUUAAUGGAGAACGGUUAAAGAACUACCUUGGGGGAGAAUUUGAUAGAGAAGUGUGCACAAUCUCACUUUUGAGCACAUAA